AAUUCAAAACUCAACGUAACGCCAAACGGUUCUCCGUGUUCCUCGGUGACGAGUGUUUAUUCGUUGGCUCCGGGUUGAUUUUGACGGUUCUCUUCCACUUUUGCGACGAAAGAAACUUGCCUCCGACUCGAGCGAGUUCAACGCACGUCGAGUAACGGUGUUGUGUAGAUUAAUUAACAGUAGACGAAACGCCCGAAAGUUUCCGAGACAGUGGCGUCGAGCGAUGUCACGAUGUGAGAAGAGCAACGUGAGCGACGUCCGUUCCUUUGCUCUCUGAAAUUAUGCGCUAUGAUACUGUGAGGAUCGCGAAUUAGUCAAACUCGAGCGGUCGUAGUCUACUAACGAUGGUUUUCAACAAGAAAGAUCUAGGCAAGGCGUUCUCGCCAUCUAAAGCGAAGAAAGUGGGACUCAAGAGGAAGUUGUCGGCCAGCGGAUCGGUCAAGCCGAGCACAAGCAGUUCCACGAUAAAAACAGAGGAUAUCUCCGAAAUAUCAAUUAAGGUGAUCGUGCGAGUUCGUCCGCCCAAUGAACGCGAGCUGCAGGAUAACAGCAGAACGAUUAUCGAGGUUGUCGAUGACAAAAUGUUAAUCUUUGACCCGAAGGAACAAGAGACGCCCUUCUUCUUCCACAACGUGGCGCAGAAGGGUAGGGACAUGCUGAAGAAACAGAACAAGCAACUACAAUUUAUCUUUGACAGGGUCUUUGAUUCGACAUCCACCAAUACCAACGUGUUCGAGGGAAGCACCAAGAGGUUGAUCAACAGCCUCCUGGACGGCUACAAUUGCUCCGUAUUUGCCUAUGGUGCCACCGGUGCUGGAAAAACUCAUACUAUGCUGGGUAAUAGGGAAGACCCUGGUAUUACGUAUCAUACUGUGGCAGAACUCUUCUCAGAGAUUGAGAAUCAGAGCAAACAUCGCGAAUUUGCCUUGGGUGUGUCUUAUCUGGAAAUAUAUAACGAGAACGUACAAGAUUUGUUGCACAAGUCAGGCCAAUUGCACCUGAGGGAAGAUGGUAGAUGUGGAGUCGUAGUCGCUGGGUUAGAACCUAUUGCUAUCCAAAAUGCUGAGGAAUUGCUGUCACUGUUGGCAGAGGGUAAUAAGAAUCGUACUCAGCAUCCAACGGAUGCUAACAAGGAAAGCAGUAGAAGUCAUGCAGUUUUUCAAGUGUACAUCAAGAUAAUCAACAAGCUAGACAGUCAGGUGCAGCGAGUCAAACUGUCCAUGAUCGAUUUGGCAGGAUCUGAAAGAGCUUCGGCUACCGGAUGCAAAGGUGUGAGGUUUAAGGAAGGCGCUAACAUCAAUAAAUCCUUAUUGGCUCUUGGGAAUUGUAUAAAUAAUCUAGCAGAUGGUAUAAAGUAUAUUCCAUAUAGAGACUCUAAACUUACGAGGCUAUUAAAGGAUUCACUCGGCGGUAAUUGCCACACUGUUAUGAUAGCUAAUAUCGCCCCUGGUAGCAUUACUUAUGAAGAUACACAUAAUACUUUAAGAUACGCGAAUCGAGCAAAGAAAAUCAAAUCGAAUGCUAAGAAGAAUGUAUCUUGCGAAACACACGUUGCUGGCUAUAUCAAGAUAGUGGAAGAACAGAAGAAGGAAAUAGAUAUUCUGAAAUCGAAAUUGGCAGCUUAUGAGAAUGGAACACCGCAACCAGUGAUUGAGAACAAACCAAAUGUCGACAUGUUGGACGCGUACAACAAACUGAUAAAAUUACAUGAGAAGAAGAAGGAUCUGAUAGAGAAGAUACUGAGUUUGGAGAGCGCCGAUAAGAUUUUGUCUUGCAGGAUACUCUAUAAGAAAGACGCGGAUGAGAGACUGCACAAUCUAACGGCAGCCAGCGAUAUCUUGUCACAGGAAGAACAAAACGCUAGCGGAAAGUUGCGCAUUAAUAAAUCUUUACAACAUUUCCAGCGGCAGAGAGAGGCCCUUAAAGCGCAAACGGAAGAGACAUGGCAGGAACUAUGUUCGAUCGAAACAGAAAUACAAGAGACAAAAGCUAAGCCUCUCGAUGAGAAUCUGCAGAGUAAACUGUCUUUGGAAAUUUUCAAGAUUGAGAAAUGUUGGAUUUCCAGUAUGCAACAGCACAUGAAGAAACUCAGCAGUGUCCUGCAAAGCGAGAGGCAAUCGAUUAACACGAUAACGAAGAGUAUGAGUAAUAUAUUACAGAAUUACUAUAAUAUGGUGAAAGGCUUCGGUACAAUGACCGAAAAAAUGCAACAAGAAUUUAAGGAAUUAAUAAAGUUGCUCGAAGGUUUUCGAAAUAUCAAAUGGUCUGAUACGGACGAGGCAAACAAAGUGGACGAUUUCAAUAUGUUUAAAUGUUUGAGUACAGGUGGAAUAGACCCAUUAAAUAAUCCAAUGCCAGCAAUCGCAGAGAUGGACGAUGAGGGACAAAACAAUACGAAUAUUUUGAAUUGUACCUUCGAUGCUGCUACGGGUGAGAAUAAUAUCGACAGCAAUAUUUGUAAUUUAAGUAACGGAAGUAAUUUAAGCAAUGGAAGUCACGAAAAUAAAUUCUUGUCGAAAGACGAAUCUAUGCAAGCAUCUCCACGAGAAAGAACUGUUGCGAAGAACAUAAUCAGGAAACGUGCAUUAUCUGACAAAAACAGUGAAAACAGUAGUACUCCCUCCAAGCAGACGAAAAAGCUAAUAACGAAUAACAAAGUACAGAAUACUGGUCGAGAUAAGGAGAACAAACAGCAGAGGCCUAUACAAAUGAGUGCAAAAAGUGUCGCUAUUCUAAAUAAAUUAAAGAGCGAUACAACUACUUUGUCAUCUCUUUCCCGACAUAACAAUACCGAGGAAAAGACAGACGUGGCGUUUAAGGCGAUACGUAAUAAAGAGAGGCGUGGCCUUAUGACAACCCAUCCGUAUCAAAAGCCAACUAUUGGGAAAAAAUCCAUUCCUGCUCCACCAUCUACUAGAGUUCCAUGGUAAAUAUUAGACAAAAAUUUGAUACCUGGACGCAAGAUUGAAGAGAUGAUGAUCUUACAAAUAUUGCGUUAAGUAAUAAGACUUUCAAGAAGACUUUUACAUAGAU